UACACUUCUUGUCCUCAGAGUGUAGAUAUGUCUGCUGCUGCCAGCUGUCUGCUGACUGAAGAUCAGUUUCUGUGCUCCAUCUGUCUGGAUGUGUUCACUGAUCCAGUCAGCACACCAUGUGGACACAACUUCUGCAAAACCUGCAUCACUAAACACUGGGAUAAAAAUGUCCCAUAUCAGUGUCCCAACUGUAAAAAGGUUUUCUACACAAGACCUCAACUGCAAGUCAAUACUUUCAUCUCUGAGAUGGCUGCUCAGUUCAGACAGUCAGCUCAACAGAAAGCCAGCAGCAGCAGAUCAAAGCAGCAAGUUUCCAAACCAGGAGAAGUUCCCUGUGACGUCUGCACUGGAACCAAACUGAAGGCCCUGAAGUCCUGCCUGGUGUGUCUGGAGUCCUACUGUGAGACUCACCUGGAGCCUCAUCUGACGAGGCCGGCCCUGAAAAGACAUCAGCUGAUCGACCCUGUGGAGAACCUGGAAGGCAGGAUGUGUCCGAAGCACGAUAAACUGCUGGAGCUGUUCUGUAAGACCGACCAGACGUGUGUCUGCAUGCUCUGCACUGUUUCAGACCACAAGACACACGAUGUUGUUCCUCUGAAAGAAGAAUAUAAAGGAAAGAAGGCCAAGCUGGGGAAGACAGAGGCUGAAAUUCAGCAGAUGAUCCAGAAGAGACGACUGAAGAUUGAAGAGAUCAAACACUCAGUGGAGCUCAGUAAGGAAGAUGCAGACAGAGAGACAGCAGAUGGUGUUCAGGUCUUCACCGCUCUGAAGGAGUCUGUUGAGAGAAGCCAGGCCGAGCUCAUCGACACAAUCAAAGAGAAGCAGAGAAAGACAGAGAAACAGGCUGAAGUCUUCAUCAAAGAGCUGGAACAGGAAAUCUCUGAGCUGAAGAAGAGAAGCACUGAGGUGGAGCAGCUCUCACAGUCUGAAGACCACCUCCACCUCCUCCAAAGCUUCACCUCCCUGAACGCUGCUCCACCCACCAAAGACUGGACAGAAAUCAACGUCCGUCCACCUUCAUAUUUGGGGACUGUGAGGAGAGCUGUGAAUCAGCUGGAGAUGAGGCUCAGUAAACAGAUGAAGAAGCUGCUUGCUGAGGCUGAGCUGAAGAGGGUCCAGCAGUCUGCAGUGGAUCUGACACUCGAUCCUGAUACAGCACAACCCAACCUUAUCCUGUCUCAUGAUGGAAAACAAGUUAACUGUGGUGAUGUAAAGAAGAAUCUCCCAGACAACCGAAAGAGAUUUUAUUGUGUCUGUGUCUUAGCAAAGCAAAGUUUCUCUUCAGGAAGAUUUUACUACGAAGUUAAGGUUAAAGGGAAGACUGAGUGGGAUUUAGGAGUGGCCAGAGAGUCGAUCAACAGGAAGGGAAACAUCACAUCAAGCCCUCAGAAUGGUUACUGGGUGAUAUGUUUGAGGAAUGAAAAUAAGUAUGAAGCUUGUGCUAGCCCUUCAGUCCGUCUCUUUCUGAAGUCUCGGCCUGAGAAGGUGGGGGUGUUUGUGGAUUAUGAGGAGGGUCUGGUCUCCUUUUAUGACGUUGGUGCUGCAGCUCUCAUCUACUCCUUUACUGGCUGCUGCUUCACUGAGAAACUCUACCCAUACUUCAGUCCAGCUCCUAAUCAUGCUGGUAAAAACUCUGCCCCUCUGAUCAUAUCUCCUGUCAAUGACACUAGACACUACAGAACAAUACUUCUGAUGUAA